AAUAAUAAAUGGGAUGGGUCCAAAAUGUCAAAGGCCGUAUAUUUACCAAAAAAAAUUAUGAGCAAAAGCAAACGGAGCACAGUCCAUGGCUUAUUCCAUCUCUAAACUGCUGUGCACAGUCAUACCAAUUUUCAUCAUCACCCUCAUCACUCUCUUCUUAGCACCACAACUAGAUGACCAUGUAGCUGUAAAAUUACCAUUUCACCCUCGUGAUCUUCUUCCUCUCUUACCCAGACUGCUUUCAUGGCCUGUGCUCAAGUCUCUCCACACCGCAGAGGAUAUCAUGCCUGUUUUUGUUGGGUAUGCUUCUUCCAGUUCAAAGAACACACUGGAGUGGAAAGGAGCUUGCUUUUAUGACAACACUGCUUGGCUGGAGUUCCACAACAAGACUGGCAGUGAAUUUGGUGGUGGUACCCUUCAUAUCAAGGUUAGCAGUGCUCAUAGUUGGACAUGUAUGGAUAUAUACAUCUUUGCAACUCCAUAUAGUGUAACAUGGGACUACUACUUCCUAUCCCGGGAACAUACACUCGAGUUCGAAGAAUGGCAAAACAAAGCUGAAUAUGACUAUGUGAAACGAAAGGGUGUUUCGAUUUUUCUGAUGCAAGCAGGGAUGCUGGGAACACUUCGAGCACUAAUUGAUGUGUUCCCUUUGUUCACAAACACAGCAUGGGGUGAGAACUCCAACAUUGAGUUUCUGAAGAAGCACAUGGGGGCUAAAUUUGAAAAGCGUCCUCAGCCAUGGGCAUCUAACAUCAGUGUCGACGAUAUUCAAUCAGGAGAUUUCCUUGCAAUAUCGAAGAUCCGUGGGAGAUGGGGUGGUUUUGAGACUCUAGAGAAAUGGGUCAGUGGAUCAUAUGCUGGCCACUCUGCUGUUUGUUUAAAAGACUCUGAGGGCAAGCUAUGGGUUGCUGAAUCAGGACAUGAAAAUGAGGAGGGAGAAGAUGUUAUUGCUAUCUUGACAUGGGAUGAAUGGUGGGAAUUUGAGCUGAAUAAAGAUGAUUCUAAUCCUCAUAUUGCAUUGCUUCCUUUGCAUCCUGAUGUUCGAGCCAAGUUUAAUGAGACUGCUGCUUGGGAGUAUGCAAAGAGCAUGGUCGGACAACCAUAUGGAUACCACAACAUGAUAUUUAGCUGGAUAGAUACCAAAGACAAGAACUAUCCACCUCCCGUGGAUGCUCAUCUGGUUGCAUCUUUUAUGACAGUUUGGAAUCAAUUUCAACCAGAAUAUGCUUCGAAUUUGUGGAAUGAAGCAUUGAACAAGAGACUUGGAACUCAGGGACUUGAUGUUCCAGAUAUAAUAGUAGAAGCCGAAAAGCGUGGGACAUCUUUCGCUGAGCUGCUGGCUGUUCCAGAGCAAGACGAUUGGGUUUACAGUGAUGGAAAGUCGGCCUCCUGCAUUGCUUAUAUUCUUGAAAUGUAUAAAGCCGCUGGACUUUUCGGUUCAAUUGCUUCUUCCAUCCAAGUCACAGAGUUUACAAUAAGGGAUGCAUACAUGCUGAAGUUUUUUGAGAGCAAUUCAAGCAGGCUGCCAAAAUGGUGCAAUGAAGGGGACAUUGUAGAGCUUCCAUUCUGUCAGAUUAAAGGAAAGUAUAGAAUGGAAUUACCUGAAUACAAUACAUUGGAACCAUACCCCCAUAUGAAUGAAAGGUGUCCAUCUCUGCCUCCUCACUACUCCAGACCACCCACUUGCUAGGACUCCUCAGUACCUCCUUUUCUCAAUAUUUGUUGUAAACCCAUCAUUCAGUUUAUUGUGAUGUUAAGUUGUGCUUCAACUGCAAUCUUUCAGAUUAUGAGAUAUGGUGGAAGAUUUGGUCAGCACAGAAUUAUUCAAUUAGAUAUGUAUAUAUAUAUAUAUAUAUGUUUAUAAUUAGUCAGUACAGUACAGUAGAGAUGGAAGACUUUUAGAUUGUCGUAGAUUAAUGUAUGCAAAAGAAACAAAUUAUUAUUUA